AUGUCCUCAGCACCGCCAACCGCCGCCAACAUGGGUGCCGACCUCAAGGACACUGCCGCACCCGCCAAACCCUGCUGCGUAUGCACCGAGCAGAAAGCGAAGCGCGAUGAAUGCAUGCUUUUCUCUACUUCGAACAACGCUCAACAAGAAUGCGCCAGCCUAGUCGACCAAUAUCGCCAAUGCAUGGCUGGCUACGGCUUCAAGGUCUGA